AUGGGUGAGCUCCUCCUCCUCCGUCCCGCAAAUGUUCUCUGGGCGUACAAGUACCUGUCGGAGCUAUGGGGGAGGAAGCAGUCGGACGUGAUGCACUUCGUGCAGCGCGUGCGCUGCUGGGAGUACAGGCAGCAGUCGGCCAUCGUCCGCCUCACCAGGCCCACCCGCCCCGACAAGGUCCACCGCCUCGGCUACAAGGCCAAGCAGUACAACCGUGUCCGUGUGAGGCGUGGUGGCAGGAAGAGGCCUGUGCCUAAGGGUAUUGUCUAUGGCAAGCCCAAACACCAGGGUAUCACCCAGCUCAAGUUCCAGAGGAACAAGCGGACUGUUGCUGAGGAGAGAGCUGGACGUAAGCUUGGUGGUUUGAGGGUUCUUAACUCCUACUGGGUGAAUGAGGAUAGUACCUACAAGUACUUUGAGAUCAUCCUUGUGGAUGUUGCCCAUAAAGCCAUCAAAACCGACCCAAGGAUCAACUGGCUAUGCAACCCCGUGCACAAGCACCGUGAGCUUCGUGGCCUCACCUCUGCAGGCAAGAAGUUCCGUGGCCUGCGCGGCAAGGGCCACACCCACCACAAGAACAAGCCCUCCAGGAGAGCCACCUGA